AUGGCGAACCACUGCGUUUUUUCGAAUCAAAAUAACUACUCGAAGCUUGAGGAAGCACUAGAAUCGAUACUGGCUGGUGAAGAUCAAGAUGUAGAGUAUGAUGUAGUGUUAUUACCGCCAGAUCCUGCUACCGUAAGUGACGAAGAAGAGGGUAAUGAAGACGACUUAGUUUCUUCAACACUUCCAAGGGAUGUUCCAGGGACUUUGGAGGUAAUUCACCGCCAUCCUGAUUAUGACGUUUCGGACUGA